AAAUAAAAAACCGAGGGAAAUGUUUGAGUGAGUGAGGUGAAACGACAGGGCAACACCGGGCACCGGCAAAAAGCAACAGCAGCACCAGAGGCAGACGCGUGUGUUUAAAUUAGUCCCGGCACAACUGUCGUUCAAGCAACAUGUUUUUAAAAAUAAAAUUUUUAAUAUUAUGCCAUAUAAUGGUAUCUUAAUAUUAAUAAUUUAAUUAUUUAUUAUUUUAUUUUUUUCAUUAAGUAAGUUUCAUAUUUCAAACAAUUAUUAAUUGUAUUUAUCAAGUCAAGUUAUACAUGGUGAUAAUGAGUGAAAAAUAGUUUAGUGAAUAACAGUUAUUUUAACAUUUUUAUUCUCAAAGAGUAUUGUUUUUUAUUUUUUUUUUUGUGUGUAUAAUAAUAAAAAUUUAAUUAAAAAACGUCAAAAUGAAAAUUACAAUUUUACUAGUUGCAUUUGUUUUGGUUGUGGAGGCUGAUCUUUUGGAUCUCUAUGUUCAACACAUGGACGAAACAAUGGGAACAAAUGCCAAUAAAAGACAUCAUCCAAGAGACAUUGAUAUUAAAAAAUCACGAAAUAAACGUAGCGUAAAUGAAGAUAUUAAAUUUGGAAAUUAUAAAAAACAAAGUCUCGAUGUUGAUGAUGAUUGGUGGAUAGGAGAUAAAAAAAGUUCAAAAAAACCACAGUUAAUAUCGAAAACAGAUGGUCUUGAACAUCCAAAUAUCAAAGAAGAAUAUCAUGAUCCAAAAUUUCAUGAAUUUUUAAAUGACGACAUUGACAUUGAGAUGUUUGAAAAUUUUCUGAAGAAAAAUUCAACUGAUGAAGAGCCAAAAGAAGCAAUUCCUCCACAUGUCAAUGAUAAUGAUAAUAUUGAUACAACUAAUGAUGUCAAUGUAGCAACAAGUAUUGAAAUGCAAAAAAAUAAUGACAGUAGAAUACCUAAAAAAUUUAUUUCAUCAAUGAAAAAUCAAAGUGUUGAUAAAAAAUUAAAUAGACACAAAAGAAAUACUAAUGAGGUAAAUUUCACAAGACAUGAGAUACUUGAUGAAGAUGGUGAUGUUAUCCUUGAAUGGGAUCCAACUGACAAUGAUAUUGUCACAUUCAGGGUUACAGCCAAGACACUUGGCUACAUUGGAAUUGGAUUUAAUGACAAAAAUCACAUGAAAGGAGCGGAUAUUAUUAUCACAUGGGUCGAUGAUCACUCUGGUACACCAAAUCUUCUUGAUUCACACGGUAUGAUGGAUUCUAAUGCAUCACCAAUAACAGAUAUAUCACAGGAUGUUAAAAUAUUAAAAGGCAGCCAAAAUGGUACUCAUACUUCAGUAACAUUUUCAAGAAAUUGGCAAACAUGUGAUCCAGAUGAUUAUCAAUUAACCGAAGACAACGUACGUAUUAUUUGGGCCUUACACAGUGCUGAUCCAGAAUUAAAUACACCAGUUUGGCAUGGUGAAAAAAGAGGAGGUAGAGCCUUAAGAAUUCGUGCAACAGCACCAAAAACAUCACCACCACCAUCACCAAGUCCUGAUAUCAGAAACUGGGACGUCAAGCUUAAUCAGUUUGCUGUUGACGACAAACAGGAUACAAUAUACUGGUGUAAAAUAUUCAAGGCCCCACAACUCAACAAAAAGCAUCACAUGAUCGGGUAUGAACCACUUGUUGAAAAAAGCAAUGAAGGACUGGUUCAUCAUAUGAUACUUUAUGAGUGUGCAUCAACAUCACCACUACUUGGACAACAUGCAAGAAUUGCUGGUGCACCAUGUUACAGUCCAACUAUGCCAAGAGAAUGGGAUUCUUGUAUUCAACCAGUUGUUGCUUGGGCCCGUGGAAGCAGAGGUGAAUGGUUUGGUGAUCACGUUGGUAUACCAGUUGGAGAACACAAAGAGGGAUCAUAUUACAUGCUCGAGGUACAUUAUAAUAAUCCAAGUUUAAAAAAAGCAAUUGACAGUAGUGGAAUUAGACUACAUUUAACACCAAAUUUAAGACCACAAGAAGCUGGUAUAUUUGUAACUGGUAUGGCUGUUAGUCCAUUACAUUUAAUCCCACCAAAACAAAAAGAAUAUGCAACUGCUGGUUAUUGUACACCAUCAUGUACUGGUACAUUAUUUCCCGAGGAUGGUGUUAAUGUUGUAUCAGUUGUAUUACAUUCACAUAUGGCUGGACGUAAAAUGAGUCUUGGUCAUGUACGUAAAGGUCAACAACUUCCUUAUAUUGUUAAAGAAAAUCAUUUUGAUUUUGAAUAUCAACAAUCAUAUAGUUUAGAUGAAGAAGUUAAAAUAUUACCAGGUGAUGAAUUAAUAACUGAGUGUGUUUAUGGAACGCUGGAUCGUUCAAAACCAACACUUGGUGGUUAUUCAGCAGAUCAAGAAAUGUGUUUGGCAUUUGUACUUUAUUAUCCAAAAACAGAACUUGCUGGUUGUUACAGUAUGACACCAGCAAAAGAUUUAUUUAAAACACUUGGAGUUAAAAAUUUUAAAGGUCUUUCAUUGGAUAAUGUAGAGAAGCUAUUUCUCACAACUGGAACUGAUGCUGUUACAAUUCCACCAACUGUUCAACAACAACUACCAGUUUAUCCAGCAACAAGACCAAGUGAAAAAAUUAAUUAUGAAAUAAUCAAAGAAGCCGAAUCAACAAUAAAAGCAAUGCAAGAAUUUACUGAACAAGCUAGUGAUGAUAAUGUAUUUGCAAGGCUUGUUAUUGAAGACCCUGAAGAAUUUAGAGGGAGGACUUUGGCUCAACACAUGGUUAAUAUACCAUGGACUGAAGAAUCAUUGACAAGGUCAUUUGAAAAUAGUCUUUACAAUGGCAGGCACAUGACAUUUUGUCGAAAAAGAGAUGACAAACUUGCAUUGCCGUCAAACAUUCAGAUGUUUCCAAAUUUUACAAAACUACCAGAACAAAAUAAAACAAUAUGCAGUGAACGAAGAACAAUGUCUUCAUCAACAGUUACAAUUCCUAAUUUAUUUAUUCUCAGUUACAUUUUUGUCAUUUCAAUUUAUUUCUGUUGUAAAUCAUUAUAGAGAUAUUUUUAAUUUAAAUAUUAAUAUGACAAAUAC